AUGAACCAUCUCAGAGCUUGCGGUAGAUCAAUUCAACUUCUGCAACAACUCUCGACCCACCCGCGCGCCUCGCCACUCACAGCAACCCCCAAUCCACUUACCCGUCCACUACAACCUACCAUCCGACGCACCAUGGCUUCCGCAAUGGCCAAGCGCCUCGAAGGCAAGACAAUCCUGGUGACUGGCGCCUCAUCCGGCAUCGGCGCCAGCACCGCGAAAGAAUUUGCGCGCACGUCGCCGAAGAACCUUAAGCUUAUCCUGACGGCGCGCCGCAUUGAUGCCCUCAAUAAGGUUGCUGCUGAGAUUAAGGAGGAGGUUGGUGAUGGCGUGCAGGUUCUCCCUGUUAAGCUGGAUAUUAGCAACCCGGAGGAAAUUAACAACUUUGUUCCCUCUCUGCCGGCGGAGUUUAAGGAGAUUGAUGUUCUGGUCAACAAUGCCGGUCUGGUCAAGGGCGUUGCCCAAGCCCCUAACAUCGCGGCCGAGGAUAUGAAGGUCAUGUUCGACACCAACGUGACCGGUCUGAUCAACAUGACCCAGGCGGUCCUCCCCAUCUUCAAGAAGCGCGACGAGGGCGGCCGCGGCGACAUUAUUAACCUCGGUAGCAUUGCCGGCCGGGAACCUUACCCCGGUGGCGGUAUCUACUGUGCGACCAAGGCCGCUGUCAAGUCCUUCACCGAGGCCCUGCGCAAGGAACUGAUUGCCACGAGAAUCCGUGUCAUCGAGGUCGACCCCGGUCAGGUUGAGACCGAGUUCUCUGUUGUGCGGUUCUACGGUGAUAAGUCCAAGGCUGAUGCCGUCUACGCGGGCUGCGAGCCGCUUACCGGUGAGGACAUUGCUGAGGUUAUUGUCUUUGCUGCUGGACGUCGUGAGAACGUGGUUAUUGCUGAUACGCUGGUCUUCCCCAGCCACCAGGCUGGUGCCGGCACCAUGCACCGCAAGUCUUGA